AAGUUGGUUUUCCAUUUUGGGAGUGGGGUUGGUCUCCCCGGGACCCUUCACCAAAGUGUGUCCACCGGCUGGAGACGUGGCAGAGCCUCCGGUCAUAUGAUUUUAGAUCAUACACGAACCCCACCCCGUUACUGCCCACCCUGAACACAUUUUUUAAUAUCGCUUGUCCGUUAUUUAAGGUGAAAUCUCAGUUUAAACAUCUGCUGAGAAGUGGAAAGUCCUGGAUAAUGUUCCCUGCACGUCUCAACACAAAGACUGGAACUGAAUUUAGUGGCGGUGACCACCCAAAACAGUGCCAUUUUUAGACGUUUACUGCUGACGUUUACACAGGCUUCAAAUAGCUUCCGUUUUACACUGGUAGUGAUUGGACCGCUCUCUACUUACCCACUGAGCUAACACACUGGCUGAGCAAGUCCGACAUUCUACACUUCAAUGGAGGAACAGCCCAAAGAUCGGGCACAAGACAGACAGUACCACCACCACGGAGAGGACAGAAACUCUAUUCAACAUACAACUUGUCUAAAACAUGAUCAGAGCCACUUCCAGCGCCAGCAUCAGGAAACGCAGACGAAGAAAACAGGCAAUAAAAAAGUAAACAUCAGUGACGAGGAGGGGGAGAAGAAUACACACCUGUCUGAUACUGCUGGUAUGUCACAUCCCCUUAACAGCAAUGGUAACAGACACACAAGUAAUACAAAUGUGAAGCAGAAGUCAACACAAAAGCUGUACACAACUGUUCCAAGAGUGAGCAGCAAAGGACUGGACCAUAAGAAGAAUAUGGACCUUAAGAAUGACAAGGAAAAGGCCCUGGAUUUGAAUCAUCAUGAGGGCCAACCUUUGGAUAAGAAAGACUCUGUGUUGCUUCAAAAUGGCGUCGUAAACUGUGGCUUAAUUACAAAUGGCUAUUCUAGCAAGGACAAUGAUGGAAGCGGUUCUGAAGGUGGAUAUACUACUCCAAAGAAACGCAAGGCCAGAUGUAACAACGCCAAGAACACUGAUAAUGUGAUGAGAGACAAGGAGAAAGACAUGCAGCAGGGCAACACUACACAGGAGGCUGGGGCUUUUAAUCUUGAGACGACUGACAAGGGGGUGACUUCCAGACUCGAUGGCUUUAGAGCCACCCAUAAAGUAGAAGCUCAGUCAGCAGCUAGACGGGCUGUUGCGUCAGAGGCUACAAUGGGUGAAUCUCAGAGGAAAAGCUCUGAUGGCAAAACAGUUGGCAUCUUCGGUAAAAAGACUGAGGAAAGGCACAAAGCCAAGCUUUCCUCACCUUCAAAAGAGGACUCCUGGACUUUAUUCAAGCCCCCUCCAGUAUUUCCUGUGGACAAUAGCAGUGCUAAAAUUGUUCCCAAGAUCAGUUAUGCAAGUAAAGUAAAAGAGAACCUCAACAAAGUAGCUCAAGGUGGAGGAGAGGCACUGCCUCCUCCUGUUAGACUGUCACAGGUCCCUAUGUCUGCUAUGAAAACUAUCACCUCAGCUAGCUUUACUAAUGGUCCUGUUUCUGGAAAUGGAAACGGCUGCCCGUCAGUGGGUACCUUCUUUGCUCAUGCUGCUAGUAGUAUUCCACCAGCCCCAUCUAUCCCAAGUGGCGAGAAUGUAGCAUCUCCUUUGGAAAGUAACUGUAGCUCUACAACCAGUCCUGUAGACGGAGAAGCAUAUGAGCAUAGAAAGUGUACUCUUUUAAUUUACCCUUUAAAUAUGCAACCUGUGCUCCCCAGUGCUCGUCACCUCGACCCACCGGCUGCUCAGACAAAUCAGAAAGCCUUGGGAGACAUCUUCCAUAAUCAGUGGGGGCUUUCCUUCAUCAAUGAGCCCAACUUGGGGCCAGAAGGAGGAAGUGGACAGGUACCUGCAGAGGACAAAACUACUGUGGUCACACCUCAAAGUGAGUGUCAGGCUGUUGCAGCCAAGGCUGCGCAGCCCUGCUUUGACAUUAGCCCGUCAUUCUUAGAGCCUGGCACUUUGGCUCAAGACCCUGAGAAAAGGACUUGUGCCCCCUGCAAUGUGUCUAAUACUUGUUCUCCUGCUUGUGUGAUGAGUGAGGAGGAGAACAAGCUGCAGCCAUGUGGCCAGGAAAAGACAAAAGUUGAGGCCAAGGGUGCAGGUUCUGCUACGCCGGCCCCCAGUAAAGACAACGGUGCUAAGCCUGCGCAGGGCCAGCUAACCACUUUGCUGUUUGGCUCAUCUAAAGAACAGGCCCACUCUAAAGACAUUGGCAGAAGGUGUAGCUGGGGCUCCUUUGAUGUUAAAGCUGCUGUCACUUAUCACACUAAAGAAAUGGAAUCCAUAUUCAACAUACAAAAACAAGAUCCAAAAAGAGUAGUGGUUUAUGAUGAAGCCAAGGACGGACCUGAUCAGUGAGGUAGAUGGUCUACAGUACUUACCUUCUUCUCUUCUGGGUGCUGCAGUUAUCUACCUUGGAAAUCAUAAAUCCUGUUGGAUAGAUAAAGUGACAACUGUGAAAACAUUGAUAGUUUAGCAUGACAGAUUUUCCUUGGAGUCUCGGGUGGAGUAACAGACUUCUUUGGGGGCAUCAGACAAACACACUCACUCUGGAGGGACAUUAAAGGAGCUGAUCGGUGCCUCUCCAACAUGAUGAAUGGACACUUGCAACUUUAAGCUGUUUGUCUCAUGAUGUUCGGGAGUUCAACAAAGGAAGGUGUCUAUGACUGCGCCUCCCUCAGCCUUUAUCCCGUUGAACUGCGGCAGCCGUCAGUCUGACUAUGGGAUGCCUCAGUCAUUGUCGUUCUUCACGCAUUCAAAUGAGUUCAUUGUAGAUAUGUUAGACGUUAUACAUACACAUCUAUGUGCAAGCUUGAAUUCAUGGUGAAUGAGAGGAGAACACACUGCAGAGAAUGCCUCGAAGAAGGAUCUUUGGAGUUAAACUGUAAGUGAAAGUGAAGUGGAAGCUCACAGGUGAGGCCCCAUCCAGGAAGGGAGAACCUUGUCUUAAAUCAGAGCCCAGAAAUGAAAUACUUUUUCUUUCAUACCGUUUGGUCUGACCUAACAUGAGUGUUAUCUGCACUGCAGUAUGACCCCAGAGCACAGGUACACAAGUGCCCAGUUUGAGGGAAAGUGUUGCCCCUUCAUUUUAUUGUUUAUUGCAGGUUUUGCUAAAGAUUUUAAAAUCAGGUCUCCGUUAAAAAAACCUUUGAAUCUCUAAGCUUUUCAUACAUUUCAUGUAGAUUGUUAUCAGGUCAGUGCAUACUGUUCUUAAAUUCAGAUUCAUGACUUUUGACCUUAAGAAGAAACUGAGGGACAAACUAAAGUAAGAGACAUUUCUUCCAAUGAGGUCUCCUGUGUUUUGUGCUGUUUGUUCAGCAGCAAGGCUCAGGACGUCCAUACAGAUUAUUUUGCCUGCAUUUCUGUCUCGUUCUACUCCUCUUGUCAAAGGAACAUGUUGCAUUUAAUGACUAGGGAUUCUUUAUUUUCCCUGACUCAGCAUUUUGUCUUUACUUUUCGGUCUUAUGGCAUUGUAUUUCCUGCAUGUUUACUGGUGGAAAUGAAUGAGUCAGAGGUCACUGUUCAUCGCCACACAAAGAUUACAGUAACACAACAACAAUACUAAUCUAGGUUCCCCAGACUAGCCACUUUGUCAAACUAUGUUGAAAUGUGAAGAUGAGUUGUACUCUUACGUUUUACUGUGGAUAACCUUUGCAAACCAGUGUGCAAUAACACCAUGUGAUCCAUGCAACGAGAGAAAUGGGUUAUAUGGAGCUACAAAAUCAUCACCCAAGGUUCUGGUGUGGCCUGCAGUUCAUUUGUUUGUUCAAAAUGUUUAAGGUGCAUUUUCACUUUAUUGCACAAGUGAUUUAUUUUAUUUUAUUUUAUUUUAUUUUUGUUUUUUUCAUGUUGAAAGAUCUAAUUAAGUCCGUGGAGCCCAAAAUUGCUAACUGCUAACUGGCCAGCUGUGACAUCACUUUCAUCACCAUCUCCAAAUCAGGAUUGGUUUAUUCAACAUAAAGGAACUGUCCAGGUUUCUUUGCUCUAGAAGAUAUGAUUUGGUUAAUGUGUGGAUUAAUAGCACUUUAUGUAAACUAAUUGCUUUUAUCUUUAAUUACUAGAGAGAUCUAUAUGUACUGACAAGAAAUACUCCUUGAAAGAAUGGCUUUGGGCUGUUACUUUUCAGAAAAAAGUUGAUAAAUACAGAAUUAUUAAAUGUAACUCAGGUAGUGUCGAUAAAGCCAUGACUAUGUUAAAUAUUGUUUUUGCCAAAUGGUCCCUGUCAUGUAAUGUUCUCAAAAUUGGAACCGUUGAAUUGGAGUCCUAUUACAUAGAGUCUCAUAUGAUGUUGUGACAAAACACCAAAUAAUUACUUUUGAGGAAAACACUCAUGACAUGCAAGGUGCUGUCAUUGAUCAUGUUGGGCUCUAAAAUGUUAAUUUCCCCUUUUUAAAAAAAAAAAAAAAAAAAAAAAAAAAAAAAAAAAAAAAAAAGAAAAGAAAUAAGCACAUUGCUCCAUGCGCUGUUUUCAAUGUAUACUAGGCUGUAAUCUUUGAUCUUUGGUGGUUCAUUUUCUUCCCCAUGUGUUCAUAGUGAAGCGCCUCUUAAUUUUAUUAUUGCUGAACAUCAGUGGUGUUUUUAUGGGGUGGCUACAAUCUGGGAAUAAGCUUUCAAGUACACUUGUUUCUACUGUGUCCUGAUGAGGACCCAUGAGCAGAGAGAAAGUCGUGUUUUUGUAAAAGUUGACAUUUAACUUCCAUGUCUAAUCACCAUCAGCUCUCUGGUGUUUCAAAUGCUUUGUUUGGCUUCCACUGUAUAGUGUAUGAUGGAUGAGUGUAUUAUCAGAUGCUGCCCUCUGAAUAAGAACAAUUGUGUCGGGAUUUGGUUGAAGAGGACGCAAGGGUAUUUGAGGAGAUAUUUCCCAUUAGCAUUUAGACUUUUGUGUUUUUCUGUGCUUGUUGGAAAUUGACGUUUAAUCUGGCAUAAAGUUACAAAACCUGCAGUUUAAUUUCUUCUGACUGCCCAUAAUCCAUAGACCAAGUGAUAUAAUCAGGUUACCAUGCAGUUAAUGCCAAAUUUUUCAGGCUGAAAGCAUUAUCAGUGGACAGUGAUGCAUCUGUAAGCUUCUAAUUGUAAAACAGGGUGAUCGCGAUGAAUCGUCUGUGAUGUUACUGUAGUCUUACAAUGAUUUUUACAAUUUUUGAAAUAUUUUUGUGUUGUUUUUUGAGAGGAUGGACCUGGUACAGGGAAAAAAGAGAAUCUCCCAUCCUCCCACCCCAAGGCUCCUCUAUUUCAAGCACUUAAUACAGCGAAAAGGCUACGCUGAAUAUGCAUUUAUAAAGACAGAACUAUUAGCAUUGUAGCCUGCAAACCAAAAACAGGUUCUUGAAGCUGAGUAGAUGUUUUAAUCAGUGACAGGGGGAAGGGGGUGAGUGGAGAAAGAGUAGCCUGGUCAUGAGGAGUUUAUACCCUCACCCCCUCAGGAUGUGCAAUCACCUCAAGGACGCUAAAGCAGGGCUCCAGGUUGAGUGGCGAGUUUGGCCUCGUUUUGUUUUUUUGUGUGUGUGUGUGCAUAGCGAGUUCUUCCUAUUAUAUGCAAGUUCUUCAUAUAUUUUGAACCCCUGUCCCCCACCCUUCCCUCUCCCGUUGUAUCAUGUUCAGGUGCCUGUGUGAAAAAAUAUACUUUUACAGCAAUUUUGAUUGUUUAAAAUCAGCUUCCAGCAUAUAUCCGUGCCAUUUUUUUUGUUCUUCUUUUUUGUAACAUUUGCUGUUAAAGUUUUCUCACAGCUAAUCCUACUUUGUUGUUUAAGUGACGUGGAUGCAGCUGAGAGCGACGAGCGUUUUGUGUGUUUUAAAAUUUUUGUGGCUUUUGUUCAGAAGUGUGACCUGAAGCCAAAAUCAGUUUGACUGGGAUGGAUGACAGACGCUCACUGGCGUAUACUCAUGCCAGUCCAUUGUCUAGUUCAUGUCACAUAAUUAAUUUGAAUUGAUUUAACAAAUUAAUGUUUUAACAUAUGUUUUAAAAACAUUUUAUUUUUGAAUUAUAACCUAAUUUAUCCAUAGAUGCACAAGUAGGAUGAGUCUAAAAGGAAACAAUGAUACAGAAUCAAGAUGUCUCAUUUCUGAUGAGUAGUAGAUGAUUUAGUUAUUGAUUAAGGCUGAUGUAAAACCCAUUUUCUCCCCAACAGCACCAGUGUUAAUAUAUUUCAAGUUACUCUUUUCCAGCAGAUUUUAUACAAAUUACUUUAAUGCAUUUCUUCAGAUAGUUGUGAUGGAAUGAUGAGCAUUGAAAUUCACUGCGUCCCAGAAUUCCUCUUAAUAUAUUUUUAUUUGUCGUAGUGUUGUUGAUCAUGUUUGGGGGGGGGGGGUUAAUGUGCAGUUCAACAACUCUGAAUCUGCUUUCGCCAAAGGUACACUACUCAGAUAUUCAGCUACUGAAUGGCAAACGCACAGAUGGGGACGUUGUUGAUGAUGUCAUAACCAGCUUCCUGACAUCAUGCUGGGUUUGGAGGAGUUUUUAGUGAAGUCACUACUGUAGCAGCUGAAUGUCACUUUGAGCGUGGUGUUAAGCGGUGUGAGAGGAGAAAUCUAAAAAGAUAAAACAAAUACCGAAAGUGCUGCUUCUUCAUCCAGUAAUCAGUCGUCUUUAAUGGGAAAUGCUGGACUUGGUGUUUGUGCUCGACUUAAAAAAAAAACAAAAAACAAAAAAAAAAAAAAAAACUGUCCCUCUUUAAACUGUCAUUGCCUCUUGUGGAAAUGUUUUAAUUUAGGGGGCUUUUUGUUGUUUUACUCAGUGACACCUGAGGUACAGUGUUUCUGGUUCCACAUGGGGAGAAAACAACGUGUCUUCAGAGGGAGGUGAUGAUGUUGUGCCGAGUCAUCUUUUUGUUUUGUUCGUCAUCUCAAAUGGCUGUUGUAGUUUUUUUUUGUUUUUUUUUAGUCUGCUCCUUCUUUUCUCACUUUUACACCUAGUGCCCCCCUAAAAUAAGAGGCAAUAGCAUUUGUUUUCUCAGAUGUCUUACAGGUUGACUUUUUAAGUGAGCAGUCUGAUUAUUUAAUUUUUGUUUUGAAUUUAACAGAAGUGUCACAUUACAAUGUUCUUUUUUUAAAGCAUGAUAAUAACCCUCAAAUUCCAAACAAUGUAAUAGAGUCAAUAAAAAAAAAAAAAGAAAACUCCAGUGUUCACAAUUUUAGUUUCCAUUAAAAUGUCAAAUUUUCAUGAAGAA